AUGAUAUUCAGUCACAUCUCAGUCGCAUACGGAUUCUACCUGGCCCACCAUGGGACACAAAACUACGUUGGAAUUGUCGAUAACAAGGUGAUGCUGGUAGACAGAAUGGCAGAUAGCGUAGACGUCAACAUGAUGAAGACGGAGGAUAAGUCGAUUCUCCAUUCUGUGCUCUCAUUGGGGCAGUCUGCCAUUGCUAUGGGAGACACGAAUGUGCUGGUUAAGGCGGGUCUAAACGCAUCUGAUUCAAAGCAGGCAGCUGUGGUUGUUCUAACUCACAAUGGGACAUACGUGGUGAAGUUCGCUGAUAAGUGCCUAGGGGAGAGCACUGACUCAAUUGUAGGCAUAGAAUGCACGAGACCAGACGUAUUGGAGUUUGACAGGGUCGAUAUGAAGAGUAGGCCAUACGGAAAUCCACAGACUACGUCCUACAGUAGAACAACCAGAACAACUACGUCCUAUACGACUCCAAUGAGCAGUCACACUGGAUUCACAGGUGGAAGCAGUGGAAUGUACUAA